GUUGCACCUGCACUGAACAGAUGUUCCACACUCACACACAUUUAGAUAGGCAACGCACACAUUGAAAGACUUUUAGCCAAAAACCCACACUCAUGACCCUAAGAGCCAUGAGUUUGGUGAGAGAAACAACAUCACUGACCCAACCACUGACAUCUUCCAAACGGCACAAGAGUGUGAGAAAGAGCUCCAGGAAAAUCUACAAACCUUACCAGGACAAUCCAGUUUCCUCUGAUGAUGAAGACAAGGAUGCAGAGCGGGUGGACAGUAACGAUCCUGAGGAAAUGUUCCAGAAUAUUCAGUACCAGAAGGAAAUCAUCGCCAACAUCCGAACACGGCCCUGGCCAAUGAGACGCAAGCUCAAAGUCUUAAAGCAGGCCAGAGAGAUUGUAUUAAAGUAUGAAGGUAGGCUGACUCGGACACGUGGAUACCAGGCUGCAGGGGCAGACCUGUUAAAGAAGAUUUCAAGAGUUCUCUAUAACAUCCUGGUUUUAUUCAUCCCAUGGGAAAUGAGAAUUAAAAAGAUUGAAAGUCACUUUGGAUCUGGUGUGGCCUCAUAUUUUAUUUUUCUACGAUGGCUAUUUGGGAUUAACAUCGUCCUCACAAUUAUGACUGGAGCCUUUAUUGUUCUUCCUGAGCUCCUAGCCGGUGCUCCUUUUGGCACGACACGCAGCAAAACCAUCCCAAAGGACCAAAUAGCCUCAGCUCAGGACCUUGACACCAUCUGGUCACUUGGGGGCUACCUGCAGUAUUCUGUGCUAUUCUAUGGCUAUUAUGGAAAUGUGCGUAAAAUUGGAAGAGCUGGAUACCGCCUACCACUGGCCUACUUUCUUGUUGGGAUGGCUGUUUUUGCGUACAGUUUCUUCACUCUUUUAAGAAAAAUGGCGAAAAACUCACGAUUGAGUCUCUCCAGUGCUUCCAGCGAGAACUACACAUUCUGCUGGCGUAUCUUCUGUGCCUGGGACUACUUGAUCGGCAAUCCUGAAGCUGCUGAAAGCAAAGGAGCAGCAAUAGUCAAUAACAUCAGGGAGGCUAUUGUGGAAGAGCAAGAAAAGAAGAAAGAGAUCAGCCUAGCAGUUUUAAUCAGCUUGCGGAUUCUGGCCAAUAUUCUGGUCUUGCUCUCACUGGCAGGCAGCAUCUACAUCAUCUACUUUGUUGUGGAUCGCUCACAGAAGCUGGAGCAGCAAAAAGCAGAGCUAACUCUGUGGGAAAAGAAUGAGGUGAGUGUUGUGGUCUCCCUCAUCACUAUGAUUGCCCCCUCUGCUUUUGAGUUAGUGGCCCAGCUGGAGAUGUACCACCCAAGAACCAGCCUUCGUUUCCAACUUGCAAGGGUUCUGGUGUUGUAUCUUGGAAACCUCUACAGUCUAAUAAUAGCCCUGUUGGAUAAAGUGAACAGUAUGAGCUCUGAGAUUACAGGAAACUGGUCUGAUUCAACAUCUUACCUGGCCACCAUUUCCCAGCCUGCAGAGACCAACCUGUCCACUAUUGUCCCGGAGAUCACUGAUGGAAGGAAUGGCACUUUCACCAUCACUGUAAUGGACCUCAACCGUACCACCAUCAGUGUACAGCACAGCAUUAUGUCUGGACCAUCAGUACCAGUUCUAACUGGAGCGAACCAGUCUGUACUAUAUGAAUACAACAGCAAAAGCAAGCAAGAUCAGUGCUGGGAGACAUAUGUUGGGCAGGAAAUGUUGAAGCUCUCAAUCAUUGACAUGAUCUUCACAGUGGCUAGCAUUUUGUUGAUCGAUUUUAUUCGGGGCCUGGUGGUUAGAUACCUGAGCGACUGCUGCUGCUGGGAUCUGGAGAGCAAAUUUCCUGAAUAUGGUGAAUUCAAGAUAGCUGAAAAUGUCCUGCAUCUAAUAUACAACCAGGGAAUGAUAUGGAUGGGGGCCUUCUUCUCACCCUGCCUGCCUGCCUUCAAUGUGAUGAAGCUAAUCGGACUCAUGUACCUGAGAAGCUGGGCUGUGCUCACCUGUAAUGUUCCUCAUCAGCAGGUCUUCCGGGCUUCCAGAUCUAAUAACUUCUAUCUGGCCAUGCUCCUCUUCAUGCUCUUUCUCUGCAUGCUCCCAACCAUCUUUGCAAUUGUGAGAUACAGGCCGUCACAGCACUGCGGACCUUUUAGUGGUCAAGAGAAGAUUUAUGACAUCAUCUCCGAGACAAUAGAGAAGGAUUUUCCUGUGUGGUUUAGUAAGGUGAUGGGCUAUAUCACAAGCCCUGUGGUGGUUCUGCCAGCUCUCUUGCUUCUCUUCAUGCUGAUCUACUACCUGCAGUCUAUCGCUCGGUCUCUGAAAUUCACCAACAACCAGCUGAGAAUGCAACUUCAGACUGAACGCACAGAUGACAAGAAGAAAGUGUUUCAGUUAGCCGCAGCCCGUCUCCAGCCACCUGAGGGUGGUGAGCAAAAACCCGAGCAGGAGAGUGACAUUACAAGUAUGGAGUCGCCAGCAAGAUCGGCUUCCCCUCCACAUCGCAACGGAACUGUCAACAAAAUCCUUUCGCCUGGCCGUCACAGCAACAGCAUUCGCACAAUUACCCAGUCAGCCUCUCGGCCUGAAGACAGGAGUCCCUCCAUCCUUGUGAGACCUAAGCAUAGCAGUGCUUACAGAAUAUUCAGCAGUCCCUCCGUUCCCCAGAGGGAGAUUCACAGGGUGGAAUACAUCCCCGUCAGGCAUCCAGCCUAUUCAUGCCGCUCCAAAUCAUACCACCACAUGGCCUAUAGUCCGUCUGUUCGUUUCUCUGAAAGUGUCCACUCAGACCCAGUAUUCAGAAAGGGCCUCAGGCCCAUGCACCAGGAGCCUGGUAUUGUCACAGCACAGAGCUACCUGGGCCGGAGAGCUCAUCCCACACGGUAUGUCAUCCUGAAUGAGCACGAACCACGUAAGAAGAUUAUGCGUUCCACCAUGCGUCUGCCAAGGCACUACCGCGUGGUGGACGAGCCCACUGAGAUUGUUGAGCUCUACCCCCGCAAUGUGAAGUGUUACAUUCCCCGAAGCCAGCAGCCACACCUAAGUGAAGAAGAGGAAGAAAAUGAAGCUAACAGUGGUGGAAAGCAUGGAUCCUUAGGGCACUCACACCGGCCAAAGUCACUCUCCGAUCUUCAUCAGAGAUCACCAGCACGCUUUUACAUUGGCGAAACUCGGGACAGCCGUCUAGCCCGGAGAGUAUAUGGAGAGGAGGAAGAGGAAGAUUAUCUACAAUGGGAGGAGGAAAGUCCUCGUAGUCGCUCCAGGACAAAUAUUAAGGUCUCAGAAACACCACACAGGCAUGGAGAACUUCAUGUCAAGCCCAAGAACAAACGCAAAGGGGACCCAUCACUGACCGAGUCGGAUUCAGCCUCACUGGAGUCCAGCAGUGACCAGCAGAACAGCAGCACUGACCAGUACAUCCAAGUCAUCCACAACAAAGAGAAAUACUUAAAACACAACACGAAGAUGACUAAAAAAAAGUCCAAAACCAGGGCUGAACUGAAUGAGGCUGGAUCAAAAGAUCUAGUGUGCUCAAAUGUUUGACUAAAGACACUGCAUAUAUUAUAACAACACAGAUGCUUUCAGUAGUUGUGUUGCACAUAUUGUAAGUGUUCUAAUUAACUUGUUUUAAAGCACAUAUUUUAGACAAGCCUACAACAACCAAAUGUAAAACAAUAUAUUCUAUAUACAAUAUUUUAAAGUGAUAAAGAGCUACAGUAUGUUCUGUACAGUAUGUAAUAUAUAGACUAAUUUUAAUCAAAUAAGCCUAUGGUAUAAAUGUACCAAUCCCAAUGACAGACUAUGCAAAACCUUUUGCAGAUCAGAUAUACAUGGUAAAUAGAACAAUUUUGUUAUCUACGUAGAAUGUACAUCUUCAUAGGAAAUUCAGAACUUUACACUCAUGUUAUAGGCGCAUUUAGAACACUUUGGAACAUGCUUGUCUGGAUUACAUAGCAUGGCAUUCAAGUAGAGACAACAUUUUGGCCACAGA